CAUCUAUCUUCAACUGUGGUGAAAUUUUCCGACUCCUAGCUGAUCGUGAUCGUGAGCUGUUGUCAAUGGCAUUUUCAUUAAUUCACUCAUAUCUCUGUCAAAAAGGCGCAUGGGCCCAAACCAACUUGGGAUUUUUCACUGCUGACUAUUUCCUACAUGAUGAAAAUAGUCUGAGUCGAAAAGCUUUUAAUCACCUCGAGAGGUUCCCUCGUAAGUUUAUACAUUUAGAUAUAUAAAAUGUUGUUGUUCGUCAAUUUUUUUAAUAUCGGCGUGUUUUGUACUUUAGUAACGGCCAAAGAAAUUUAUCGUGCUAUUAAUAACAACUGUUUGUCUAAUAAAACGAACCGUAUCUUAUGUUUUAUACGUCAGAUAAUUGAUAUCGAUGAUGUAGAACCGUCGAAAUACGUUGAAAAAGAAGACGAUGCACAAAUCCUAUUGAACGAAUUAAAAUCAAUGAUAAGAAGUACAAUAUCACCGAAUAAUAUUAAAACAUAUCAGGUAAAAGAUUAUCUACUGGACUCAAGUACAUCAAAACCAUGUGUAUUAUAUGGCGAAUCUGGUUGUGGAAAAUCAUCAAUUAUGGCUAGAUUAGUAACGGAGAUUUCUAAAUGGUAUUCGAAUUCCCCAUCACAAUCUGUUUCUGUUAUUAUUCGAUUUCUUGGUACAACGCCCUCAUCGUCCGAUAUCUCUAAGCCAUUAUCUAGUAUCAUUGAACAAAUCUGUCAGCUUUAUCAAAUCCAAGUAUCACCAUCCAGCGCCGAAUUAAAAUAUCAGUUAGAACAAUUACUGACAUUAAUUCCUAAGUCUGAACAAUUGGUACUGUUGCUCGAUUCUGUUGAUCAGUUAGAUGUUGAACAAUAUGAUUGUACGAAGUGGUUACCAGCGAUAUAUCCCUCGAAUGUUAAAUGUGUUCUCUCAACAAUACCAACAAUCGAAGUAAAUAGACAAACGUAUGAUAUUCUUGAUGGAUUAAGAAAACUGAUCGGCUUCGAGAUCGAAAUAACAGAACUCAAUGAGAUGCUAGCCAUUCAAACACUUUAUUCAUGGUUGAAAACAGAUCAUCGUCAAUUAACUCCAAUUCAACAUGAAUGGAUUCAACAGAAAAUAUUGCGAACACAUACAAUCACUCCGCUGUUUCUCUCAUUACUCUAUGAUCAAACUCUCUUAUGGCAUUCCUAUGACACUGAAAUUGAUAAAAAAUUUCUAAAAAUUAGACACACUAUGGAGGCAAUCGGUUAUUUAUAUGAUCAGAUGGGUAAUAAACAUGGUCAAGUAUUAUUUCGUCGCUCUAUGAGAUAUAUUCAACUAUUUGGCGGUUUAACGGAAAACGAGUUAGAAGACGUGCUUAGUUUAGAUGAUCAAGUGUUGCAAUCAAUAUUUGUCCAUUAUUUACCACCACAAAAUAUAUUUCGUCUCCCAUCGACAUUAUGGUUACGAAUACGAAAUGAUAUGCAAAAGUAUCUUGUUGAGAAGGAUAUAGAUGGUUUACCGUGCCUCUACUUUUAUCACCGAAGUUUUCAAUUCUAUGACUCAUUUUUCGAUAUGCCUCGAUUGAUUGAAGAAAGGAAAGAACAAGUUGUGUUAGAACAAAAUCGCAUUGAAUAUUAUGCUGACCAAUUUUCUAAGCCUUAUAUUAUCCAAUCUCAAAAACUUGUUGAAAAAUAUAAACUCAACUCUAAUAUUCUCCACCCGAAUCGAUGCAUAGCCAAACAACAGCCGCUUGUCGUUAUUUCACGAAAGAAAAAAGUGCAUUACAAUCAACGUAAAAUUCGUCAACUAUGUCAAAAUAUUGCACGCUAUGAUUUCAGUCAUAAGUAUACAGUAUACGAUUAUGAUUUUAUGUCAGCCUAUCUUCAUUUUCACAAAUUAACAGAUCUUCUGUAUGAGUUUUCAAUCGGGGCACUAGAUCCCGAUGGUGAACUGAAUUUCUUGUUAAAACUAUAUGAGAUGUUAGGAGAUCAAUAUCCGGACAACUUUGCUUAUGAAAUAGCUUCUUAUCUCUUCCCAUUAUCAGAUGCACUUCCCGAUAGUUUAUUGAAUUUAUUACAACACUGCUUAAACAAUUGCUCGUUAUUAUACAAAACACCCGUACUAUGGUUUGAGAAUUCCUUACAAUUUCAACUGAUUGGUGAACAAGAAUUCAGUGAUGAUCAAUUUUUGUUAUGCCUAAAUGAACAAGUUCUUGAUAUCUAUCAGUGGAAAAGCGAACAGAAUUAUUGCCUAUUUGCGCGUAUAAAAAUGACUGACUCAACAGCCACAAUUACAAAUGUAGCAUAUUGGUUUGAUGGUGCAACCGUUUAUUGUUCAACGAGCAAUGGUGAACUGAGAAAAUACAAUGGAACGAUGAUGACAUUUCCACCCAUAACAACUCAUGGAACCCCUUAUCAUUAUGCUCAGAUUAAAUCAAUCUCCAGCUUGGACAUACAAGAUGAGUAUGCCAUCACACUGGACGACACUAAACAGAAGAAACUACUAUCAACAUUGAUGAUUGAACCACAACCCGUAUUAGUUUUAUUAUCGGACGAUUGUAAAGAACUAGCAAUAUGGAAUUUACAGGAACAACACGUUUCUAUUAUUUUUCUACAGCAAACGUUUGAUAUUCGACAAAUUGAAACUGUUUACACUUGUCUUCUUUUGCGAGAUCAUCGAGAAAAUUUAUAUUUAUGGAGUAUUCUUGAUCAGACAUUUCGACACCUUGGUUAUGCACAUGUACAAACCACGGCCAUGAAUCGAUUGGUCAUUUACAAUAAGGAGAAGCUUAUACUAUAUGACCUUGAGAAGAAACUAAAGGGUGAGAUUCGCUUAGAGAACACCAAGUUUGAUUCUAUAUCUCUGAAUACAAAUGGUGAAUAUUUAUUUGCAUUAAAUCUUGAAGCAUCGCUGUUGUUCAUGUAUCGUGUCAAUGACGGUCAACACUUGGAAAAACUAUUUAUUAAGCAUUUAACGCUCAUUAUAAAAGCGAAUGACAAUUACGUACUACUCAAAUCGAAUGAGAAACUAUUGGUAUUAGCAAUUAAAGAUAAAAAUCGACCACAAAAUAUAAGAAACAGUAAAUUCACACAAAUUUGA